UUAUAUAAAAAGAACCCUGAUGUGACCAAAAUCCGGCCAGGAAAACCUCAGCCUCUGCUCAGAGUCGAUGACCACGACUUCACCAUGAGGCCGGCCUUUGGCGGCCCGGCCAUCCCUGUGGGUGUGGACGUGCAGGUGGAGAGUCUGGACAGCAUCUCCGAGGUGGACAUGGACUUCACAAUGACGCUGUACCUGAGGCAUUACUGGAAGGACGAGAGGCUGGCCUUCUCCAGCACCAGCAACAAGAGCAUGACCUUUGACGGCAGGCUUGUGAAGAAGAUCUGGGUUCCCGAUGUCUUCUUCGUUCACUCCAAAAGGUCCUUUAUUCACGACACCACCACUGACAACAUCAUGCUGAGAGUGUUUCCGGAUGGCCAUGUGCUCUACAGCAUGAGAAUUACGGUCACCGCCAUGUGCAACAUGGACUUCAGUCACUUCCCCCUGGACUCCCAGACCUGCUCUUUGGAGCUGGAGAGCUAUGCGUACACAGACGAAGAUCUGAUGCUCUACUGGAAGAAUGGGGACGAGUCCCUGAAAACGGAUGACAAGAUCUCCUUGUCCCAGUUUCUGAUUCAGAAAUUUCACACAACUUCCAGACUGGCCUUCUACAGCAGCACCGGCUGGUAUAACCGACUCUAUAUCAACUUCACUUUGCACCGCCACAUCUUCUUCUUCCUGCUCCAAACCUAUUUCCCCGCCACCCUUAUGGUCAUGCUGUCCUGGGUGUCCUUCUGGAUCGACCACAGAGCUGUGCCUGCCAGAGUCUCACUGGGCAUCAUGACGGUGCUGACCAUGUCCACCAUCAUCACGGGCGUGAAUGCCUCCAUGCCCCGAGUGUCCUACAUCCGGGCGGUGGACAUCUACCUCUGGGUCAGCUUCGUGUUCGUGUUCCUCUCAGUGCUGGAGUACGCGGCUGUCAAUUACCUGACCACAGUGCAGGAGCAGAAGGAACGGAAGUUUCGAGAGAAGUUUCCAUGCGUGUGUGGAAUGCCUCACUCAAGAACCAUGAUGCUGGAUGGAAGCUACAGUGAAUCUGAGGCCAACAGCCUGGCUGGCUACCCAAGAAGCCACAUUCUGCCAGAAGAAGAAAGACAAGACAAAAUCGUGGUCCAUUUGGCCCUUAACAGUGAACUGGCAACCUCCAGAAAGAAAGGCCUUCUCAAAGGCCACGUGGGGCUCUACAUCUUCCAGAACACCCACGCCAUUGACAAAUACUCCAGGCUGAUAUUUCCAGCCUUCUAUAUAUUUUUCAACCUAAUUUAUUGGUCAGUGUUUGCCUAGGGAUUCCAAGGCUGUGUCUAGGAAAGGGUGUGGACAGCCCUCGGUGGACUCUUGGACCUAAUGACCAUACUUCCUGCCCCAGGCCAAGCAGCUGCUCCUGGCUUGGAGGAGCCCAGGGACCUCCAGCUGCCCUCACCCCGUAUCUGUGGAUUUUUUCCUCAGUCAUGCUGUGUUCCACAUCACACGCUCCCCCCUCUCAACAGAGCUGUCCUUUGUUCUAUGUGAACGUGUUCCCAAGAACUUCCCCCACGCCAAUUUAAUAAAAGACUCAAAGGCCUCCCGAAUGUUCUGAGAUGCUCAGAAAGUGAAGAAAGAAAAUGAAGGACAAACUAUGGGGGGCAUUCUGGGUAAGGAACUGGGUGCAAAAGACUGUGAACUUAUUCAGUUGGAUUAAGUGCCUACAUUGGAAGGAAAAGCUCUCAGAACGGAGACGGGAAGUGAUUUAGCCUAAACAAAACUGGCAACUGGCAUGGUUUUAUAAAUGGUAGGGGAAAUUAUUCAUUUCCCUCUUCAUUCAGUCAUUCAUUAACACCGAGUCCCCACCCUGUGCCCAGACUGUAGAGAUGAAUGAGUCGUCUUUUCCUUCAAUGAGCUUCUCUAAGCGAUGCUCAUUCUACAUACACAGUGUGCUUCUGCAUCCUGCUCCCCGCUCUGCCUCACUCACCCACAGACCCAUUCUGCUUCCUGCUGUUUUUACUCUAGGUCUGUCUAGAAAGGCAUUUCCAGUCUCUUGUGAGACUCUCAAGAAGCCAGCUCAGGGCUGCCCCCUCGAGGCAUCCUUGUGGAAUGAAUCGAGGGCUGAGAAUAUACCAGGACUUGAGUAUUGGAGAAAGUGCAGUGUGAUCCUAGAGAAAGGGGGACCUGGGUCUGCAGUGGAAAUUUAGUCAGAUACCCCCACUUCCUGUUUAGAAUUCCUCCCCUUCUUCCUCAGCAAGAUAGUGUCCUUAAUCAUCAUCAUCAUCAUCAUCAUCAUCACCAUCAUCAUCAUCGUCAUUAUCCCUGUGUCCACGUCCACCCACCAUCCUAGAGAUCCACCUACUCCAAGAAGUGUCCCACACUCCAGAGUGACUUCCCCCUUACUUCUAGGAGUGGCUGUUUCCUCCGCUGCCACUGAGUGAAUGUUAAGAGGGUAAUCUGGCUCAUUUAGCUGACACUAAGUCGUGGGAGGAGAUGGCCAGAAAAUUUAAGGAAAUCUCUACCAGAAUUGGGUGGUACAAAGGAUAUGAUUUUGCUAAGAGGCUUUUUAAGUUAAGGCAUUUGGGGUCAGAAGGUUGUUUUUGAGGAGCAAAGGGGAUGUCCCCCUCCAGAUCCUUGCUUACUGAAGGACAUCGCUUUACCCUCUUUCUCAC